AAACCCGUGUUCCAACAUGGGACAAACUUGAAGUGACGUACGAAGGUACUGAUCAAGUUCGUGAAGCCAAGAUCGAUUUUCUCACUCAAGAGUACGAAAUGUUCCGAAUGAAAGAAGGUGAGAAAAUCGAUGACAUGUUCGACUGGUUCUCAAAAAUCAUCAACGACCUUCAUGCUCUCAAAAAGACUUACGCCAACAAGGAUCUCGUGAGGAAAAUCCUGCGGAAUCUCACACCCGAAUGGAGGUCAAAAGCCGAUGCAAUCUACGAUUCCAUCGGAGUCUCCAAUGUCACCAUCGACGGGCUAAGAGGUAACCUCAAAACUUAUGAAUCUACUAUUCUAACCCCGUCUUUGGAUGAACAAAAGAAGAAAGGAAUAGCACUCAAAGCAACCAAGGAGAACGUAGAGGAGGUUUCAAGCGAUGAUGACAAUGAAUUUGGACUUGUCAUCAAGAAGUUCCACAUGUUCAUGAAAAAAGAAUUUGAGCGGAAGGGAAGGAAGCACGACGGUCCUCCCAAGUGCUACGGCUGUGGCGAGAUUGGUCACAUCAAGCCAAGGUGUCCAAAAGUGAAACACAGCAAGGAUAAGCCCGGCUUCAAGAAGCAAAGGGCUUACAUCUCUUGGGGUGGCAAUUCCGGCGAUGAAUCAACCGACCAAGAAGAGGACGAAGCUGCAAAUUUCUGCCUCAUGGCGCACAAAGAUCAAAACGACGACGUCCAAGAGGUAUAUAAUGCUCGCUUGGCGAGAAAGGCUAUUUGUGAUGAUCUUGUAGAUUCACUCGAAAGAUUACACGUUGAAGAAGAUGAAGAAGACACGCCAUUAUACACCAACCCGCAACCACAACCUGUGGAAACACCUCAAGUGAUGGUCGAAAAUGAGGACCAAGCGGACGAAGAAGAACAAGAGGAAGCCCAGGAAGAAGAGGAAACCGAGCUUCCCAUCGCUUGGAGAAUGCACAGGAACCAUCCACUUGACCAGUUCGAUUCCGAGGAGGAGCGCACCCGCUUUCUCACUUUCUUCUCUAAACGGGUUGUGGCUCCCUCACGGAUCGUCCCGGAGCGCUUCCCGGAGCUGCAGGGCUACGACGACCUCGACGCGCAGCUUCAUCAAGCCGGCCUUUGGCCAUUCGUCUCCCGGGCUCGGAAGGAGAUCAACCCGGCGCUGAUUCGGGUCUUCUACUCCAACCUCCGGCGUGAGGGCGACGUGCUCUACUCUCUUGUCAAGAGCACGCCGAUAGAGCUUCGGUUGAGCAGCUUGGGCGCAUCGCCGACCUCCACUACCAAGGCGAUGACGUCUCCCAAUAUGGCGGAGAGGACAGGGUGCUCAACAACGAGGGCCUUAUCCUCACUGAGCUUGGCAUCACCGAGCUUAUCCUCCAUGCCUCGGGCCACCCCACCUUCCACUCUGCAAACCCCGAGAGCCGGCUUCUUCUCUACAUCAUGUCCCGAAUCAUCAAGCCCCAGAAGCAUGGGCACACGAUCAUGUCCGCCGUUCGUGGUGAUGGACAUCCUUGAACGGUUCAAGGUGACCACCACAGUUGGCCCACUCACGAAGGCCACGAAGAUUUGGGCGAUCAGCACCCAGACCUUCAAGAAGCGGUCAGACAAUGCCGGACCUGCCACUGCCACUCCCGCGCCACGGCGUCGUUCGGCUGCUGGCCCAGCCGAACCCCAGGCCCGGGCCAAAUUUGCCUCCAUCGCCGAAUCCCUCAACCGGCUACACUUCAAAGUUGACGGGAUGGAUGGCUACCUUGAGAGGCUUGACGAGGCGGUCCAACGCAAAGGGUACGCCAUGAACGCGUACUUUCAACGCGUUAACAACGUCCCCCCACCGUACCAUGGCACGUUCUUUGGGCAAGUGUACGGUGACGAGGACGAAGACGAUGCCUCCUAUGCCCCGUCAAGCUCUCCGGACGAAGAUGAGUUCGACGAUGCCAUCGAUGGGGAUGAGAUGGACAUCGACGACGACAAAGAAACCGGAGGCGAAGAGGAGGAAGACGAAGACUAGGCCACCUCUAGCAUUUUCUAUCUCUUUUUAUUGUCAUUUCUUUUACUCGCAUCCGUUGUACUCCAUUUUAAUAAAUAAAAGGCAUCUUUAAUCUUUUUGUUAAUGUCAAAAGGGGGAAGAAAAGGGCUAUGCAUAU